GGCUGGCGGCUGCGAUGCGCAUGUAUGCAGUCUAUUGCCUCAACGCAUCACAGCGAACCGCACUUGACAGCUUACCAGGUUAGAGGGGGGAAAACACACCAUUCAAGGGAGGAAACCAGACCUGCUGAAUUUCCACCAGCCAGCCGUCAACCGCAUCCACCCGAGGUAGAGCAGGGUUUCCCGCAGCCCCUCUCUGUCUCUCUCUCAUCGACACCUCAUGCAUCAUUUUUGUGGAUUAAUUAUGUUUCUGUUCUAACGCACAGAUGACAGCGUAAACGGGGCGGUAAGCCGUUCAGAUACCCAAAAUACAGCCGCUUUGUUGAAUAGGAUCUGUUGUGACUGGACAUGAAUUCGGCGGAACAGACGGUUACAUGGCUGAUUACGCUCGGGGUGCUGGAGUCGCCAAAGAAGACCAUCUCGGAUCCUGAAGCGUUUCUGCAGACCUCCCUGAAAGAUGGGGUGGUGUUGUGUCGGCUGCUGGAGCGGCUCAGCCCGGGGUCCACGGAGAAAAUUUACCAAGAACCGAAGAACGACGGCGAGUGCCUGUGCAACAUAAAGGAGUUUCUCAAGGGCUGCACAUCGUUUCGCGUCGAGCCGUUUGAGGCCAGUGACCUGCUGCUAGGACUGAACUUCUCAAAGGUGCUUAGCAGUCUGGUCUCUCUCAAUAAAGUGACUGCAGAUAUCGGCGUGGGCAGUGACUCAGUGUGCGCCCGACACUCUUCUGCCCAUCGCAUAAAGUCGUUUGAGUCGUUAUCCUCUCAGGCUUCACUGAGCCGAUCCUCCAAGCUGCUGCACAACCAGUUUCGCAGUCUGGACAUGUCAGAAAAUAGUGGACAGCAGCUGCUGGUGAGGGCGCGUUUCAACUUCCAGCAGAACAACGAGGAUGAGCUCACCUUUGAUAAGGGUGAUAUCAUCGGCGUGACUCGUCAGGAGGACGGUGGCUGGUGGGAGGGGAUGCUUAAUGGCAGGACUGGGUGGUUUCCUAGCAACUAUGUCCGCGAGAUCAAAGGCUCUGACAAACAAGUGUCCCCCAAGUCUGGCACUCUUAAGAGCCCACCUAAAGGCUUUGACACCUCUGCGAUCAGCAAGACGUACUAUAACUUGGUGUUGCAGAACAUUUUAGAAACAGAGACCGAAUAUUCCAAGGACCUUCAGAGCCUCCUGACAAACUACCUGCGACCUCUUCAGAGCAUUGACAAACUGAGCAGCUCAGACGUGGCUCUGAUUCUGGGAAACCUUGAGGAGAUCAGCACCUUCCAGCAGAUGCUCGUCCAAUCGCUGGAAGAGUGCACCAAGCUUCCGGAGAGCCAGCAAAGGGUGGGAGGCUUCUUCCUCAACCUCAUGCCACAGAUGAAGGCUCUUUAUGUCGGUUACUGCUCCAACCACCCCUCUGCAGUUAAUUUGCUCACCCAGCACAGUGAAGUGUUGGGAGAGUUCAUGGAGGGGAAGGGUGCAGUCAGUCCUGGGAUUCUCACCCUGACCACAGGCCUCAGCAAACCCUUUAUGAGACUCGACAAAUACCCCAAUUUACUCAAAGAGCUAGAGAGGCACAUGGAGGAGAGUCAUCCUGACCGACCAGACAUUCAGAAGUGCAUGGCGUCUUUCAAAAAUCUUUCUGCACAGUGCCAGGAGGUGCGGAAGCGCAAGGAGCUGGAGCUGCAGAUUCUCACCGAGUCCAUCCGGCUGUGGGAGGGGGAUGCCAUUAAGACCCUGGGCUCGGUGCUCUACAUGAGCCAGGUCUUAGUCCAGAGUCCUGGUUUAGAGGAGAAGAGUGAGCGUUACCUCAUGCUCUUCCCUCAUGUCCUUCUCAUGUUGUCUGCCAGCCCCAGGAUGAGUGGCUUCAUAUUCCAGGGAAAAUUGCCCCUGGCCAGCAUGACAGUGACCAAACUAGAAGACUGUGAAGCCCAUAAAAACGCCUUUGAGCUCAAUGGCACAAUGUUUGACCGUCUCCACGUGGUUUGCACCAACCAGCAUGACCUGAAGGACUGGGUGGAACACCUGACCAGACAGAUCAAACACACUGCAGCCACAGGACCCAGCCACAAACCCCUCACUGUUCCCUGCCACACGCUCCCAUCUCACCCUCUCACCCCAUCCCGGCAUGCUGAGGGAAGGGGCAUGACGGUGGCUCCCACCUACCACACCCUGCCUCACCCCUCCUCCCAUGGAAUGUCUCACAGCACCAUGAUGUGGGGCCCGCUGGAACCACCCAACACCCCCAAACCCUGGAGUCUGAGCUGUCUGCGACCCGCACCCCCUUUACGACCGUCUGCAGCCCUCUGCUACAAGGAGGAUCUUAGUAAAAGUCCUAAGAGUGUGAAGAAACUCCUUCCCAAGCGCAAGCCUGAGAGGAAACAGUCUGAAGAGGAGUUUGCCUUGAGGAAGAGUACAGCUGCUCUGGAAGAAGAUGCCCAGAUCCUGAAAGUUAUUGAGGCAUACUGCACCAGCGCCAAAACCAGGCAGACUCUUAAUUCCAGACCGCGAAGGGAAACAGGGCUGCAUGUGAUCAUCCCCGGUGAGAAGAAAAACCUUGUGGAGGAUCCCAGUCGCAACGGACAAAGUACAGCAGAAGAAAAGAGCCUGGUGGAUGUGGUGUACGCCCUGAGGGAUGAGGUUCAAGAGCUGAAACAGGAUAAUAAGAAAAUGAAGAGGUCCCUGGAGGAGGAGCAGAAAGCACGGAAGGAUCUGGAAAAGGUUGUGAGGAGGGUGUUAAAGAGCAUGAAUGACUCAACGUGGGAUGAGACAAACCUCUGAGGAUCUUGUGCAACAUCUCCAUCCGAAGCUUUCAAAAGAGAAAGAGCAUGUACUGUAUAUGUGUGGACUUGCUUGCGCUGUCUGUGAUAUGCGCACAAUCACACACGUAAUUUAAGGUUGGUUGUGUGACUAAGAGGACAAGAGUAAAUCUGUAAGCAGGCAAUUUUGUGCUUGUUUGAGAUGGGUGUGUGUGUUUGCCCUAAGAGGAGUAUCGUUACUGCCCCUCUGAUGAAAAGACAGGAACCACUGCGACGUCAUGCUGAACAGGCUCGACCAUCUAUCCCACGAUAACAUUCCUCAAAACAACAAGCAGGCUGGUGGGGAGAUUACACACUUAACCCUUGGUGUGUCCAUCACCUCAACAUCCAUCAUCGGUGUCUUUGGCAGUGUUCAGCAUGGCUGGAAGACAAGUGGAGACAAGUCUUCUCUCUCUGUUUACAAUAAUUGAAUGGUCCGCUGUCCAAUGGUACAUAAAUGGUAUACUUUCAUGAUGUUAAUGGUCACAAAGGCCUUGGACAUUUCUGAACUUGAACCACACCAUUAUAUAAGCAUUUCAUAAUGUUAUUUUUAUGAGUUGAUUUUUGUUCUGUCUCUCCCUGACACCGGCUUAGCCUGGUGUUUUUUGUCCUGAAGUGAAGCUUGUGGCAGGAAACUCAUCUUUUGUCUGUUUGUCUGUUUUUU